GACAGAAGGAAGCAAGAUGGCGGCCCUGUAGGACCUGGUUAGGAUCUAGAACGCUUUCACGGCACACGGAGGGAGCGAGGGGAAAGAAGGAAGCAGAGACGGCAGCCUUGUGAAUGGACUCAGAGCAGGCCAGAUGGAAACAGAACAAGUCAGGCAUGAGACGGAAGAAAGUCUGAUACACGCACAGCUUAGUGCCACCAACCAGGUACCUGCAAAGCUGCAGAAUGGGAACCAGUCACCUGACACCAGCCCUCAGCAACUUAACGGGGAUGUCAGUUGGAGCAAUUUCAAGGGAAUGAAACGACACCGAGACGACUGUUCCAGCCCAGUCACCAUGUAUGAUCAGGGCCUGUAUAAGAUAAAUGGUGAGGUGAAGCACGCACUAAACGAACAGUCAUCAGUAGCCCUUCACCAGCCCAAAAAGCUCUGCGUUAAUUCUGAGACAACUGGUCCAUGGGAAAAUAAUAAGAUAGAUACAGAAGGAUGUUUAGACACAAUCCCUGAGCUGAGUAAGCCUGUACCAGACACAGGAAACUGUAAUUAUCCUAAUGGGGACAUUUUCUCAUUAUCGAGGAACAAGCAGAUGCCAAUGCCCAAUGGUGCUACAGUAACUCCACCUACAGUGGAAGGUCCUGCUUGUGACCUCUUAGAGAAAACUCAGUCUCAGUAUUACCCAAACCAUGUGUCCACAACACAAGGCACCAGCAAUCUACAUGACCAGGCCAUCUCUUCACCUUCAGUUACCUCAGGUUUCCCUACUUUGGCUCAGAUGCCUGCAUCUGAGCGACUUGCCAGGACACCAUCAGAAGUGCAUGGCAGCAAUGGCUUUGACCCAGAGUUUAUGGUGAAUGGGUACUCUGGAAAUUUUGGAGCAGAGCAGAAGCAUCAGUCUUACCCUCUUGCUGACCUCCCAGCUUUGGAAAAUCAACCGCAAAGUGAUUUGGGAAAAGGGCCAGGAAUUGCCUCAACAGUGAGCAUCGGUGACGGUUCACAAGCUCAAAAUGGCAGGGAGUGUUUUGCCAGCAGCCCAGUCGGUUUAAGCAUGUUCGCCAAGUCGAGGCAGGAUUUCAGUCAGGAGUCUUAUCCGAUGCCAGCACAGGCUGAAGUUGCUGGCACAUUUGGUUCAUUCAAGAACUCAGUCACUAAUCAGAAGCCCAGCACUCUUACAGGCCAACAGCACUUACAAUAUGGGAUGCAACAGCACCAGUCAGAGGUUUCCUGCCGAGCUGAUAGCAGCCCCCAGGGGAGGUAA